AUGGCAGCCACCGCGGAUCCCCUGGAAGCCUUCUACUUCGAGCACGAGGAGCAGCAGCGCAUUUGCGGCCAGCCGGUGAGCCCCAUCACAGAUGGCUUCGACGCGAACUAUCCCAGUGUCGUGGAUCGCUUCUUCACACGCUACUACUACAUCCGAGCCAACGCCGCCUACCAGGUGCUGUACCACUCCAACCGCAUCUGUCUUAUCUGCCUGGCGCCCUCGCAUCCCGCUCUGGCCCAAGGCAUUUCCACGCUCAGUUUCGAUGUGGGGAACGUGGAUCGCAGCCAGAACGUGGUCAAGGGCAAAGGCAAGAAGGGCGGCAUGAUCCUGCAGGCGGACUCUACGCUGGCGCUGCUCACCACGGAGACGGGACAGACCUACAAGAUACCUAGCUGCAUACGCGGCAAGCUGGUGGAGGUUAACGCUGCUCUGGUUGCGGAGCCCAAGCUGCUGGAACAGCUGCCCGAGGGUGCCGGCUACUUUGCCAUUCUGCUGCCCAAAAUCGAAAACUGCGACUUGAUCAAGGAGAAGCUGUUGACGCAGGAGCAGUACGAGGAGUACUUGAAGACAAACAAAGAGGAGUUGGCCACUUGACUACGUCCCUGACUA